ACAUAUAACAGAUUUCAUCGAAUGAUGGAUAUACACCAAAAUAGAAACAAAAACAUUCUUCUGCUUCUUCUUCUUCUUCUAUAAAUCUUGCAAACAUACCAAAGUCUUGUAAUUCUUGUUCUUUCUUUUCAGGGUUUUCUAAAGAUACCCCAACAGAAAAGAUCAAGAUCAAGAGAUUGCACUUUUAUUUUAGGGUGUAUUAAAGAAAUCUAUAAAAACAAAGGACAAAUAAGAUCUUGUUCAUCUCUUUAGGGUUUUUGAAGCAAGAGCUCAGAUCAAGCUAUCCGCGUUCUUGUUCUUUAGGGUUUCCCAAUAAUAGUAAGAAUAUAUAUAAUAAAAAAUGGGGAGAGGAAGGGUGCAGUUGAAGAGGAUCGAGAACAAGAUUAGCAGACAGGUGACGUUCUCCAAAAGAAGAACAGGCUUGUUGAAGAAAGCUCAUGAGAUCUCUGUGUUGUGUGAUGCUGAUGUUGCUCUUAUUGUUUUCUCUACUAAAGGCAAACUCUUUGAGUAUUCCACUCACUCGAGUAUGGAGGCAAUUCUUGAAAGGUAUGAACGAUACUCGUAUGCAGAAAAGCUGCUUACUGCGCCUGAAACAGAAACACAGGGAAGUUGGACUCUUGAAUCCUCAAAGCUCAGGGCAAAGAUUGAGGUUCUUGAAAAGAACAUUAGGCACUAUGUUGGGGAAGACCUUGAGCCUUUGAAUCUUAGAGAGCUUCAAAGUGUAGAACAACAACUAGAGACUGCUCUCAAACGAAUACGAACAAGGAAGAAUCAAGUCAUGCAUGAGUCCAUCUCAGAACUUCAUAAAAAGGAGAGAGCACUGCAAGAACAGAACAAUGCACUCUCUAAGAAGUUGAAAGAGAACGACAAGAACAACGACCAACAAAAUGUAGGGUUUAUGUUACCUCAGACUCAUCAGCCACCACCACCACCACCACCACCACCACCACCACAACCACCCCACUUACGUCCUCUUACAAUCGGGAGUGGAUCGUUCCAUGGAGCGGUUGUAAUAAGGGAGGAUGAAUCAGCUCAAGCUCAUACCAUGAUGCCCCCAUGGCUGCUUCGUCACAUGAACCAAUAAAAAACAUCCAAGUGUGUUUAUAAAGUGGCAUAAAUGAGUAUAAUCAGUUAUGUACUUACUCAAUAUGUUUGAAUUCCUACCAUAAUAUAUGUAUGUUCAAUCACUGCUAAUCUAUAUAUGAUCAAUGUGAGCUUCUACCACUAUAUAAACAA